AUGUAAUUAAUUGAUGCCAUUUUUGAGGAUCAAUUCAGACAAGUUCUAGUUCAACAUUACAAAUUAAAUAAAAUAGUCAGAAGACCUGAUUGUCUAUUUAAGGCAUUAUAGUCUCUAAAUCAAAUAUCCCUAGAAGAAUAAUUAAAGUUUUACAAUUAUUUAGAGAAAUAAUUAUUACAAUCUUCCUCAUUGUAAGCUUUAGCAUUAAUUCAUAAUCAAAAUGAGCAAAUUGUAGAUUUACUCUUAGAGUUGGGUUUGACAAAUGAACAUGUAUCAAUUAUACUUUACUUUUCAGCAUACACAAUACUUAUUUCGGAUUAUUGAUUGGUUUUUAAAAGCUAUUACCUUGACAAAGAGAAAUUAUAAGAGCAUGUUUAUAUUCAUUAAAAACUAAAUGUAUAAUUCUUAAUUGACAAAUGAAAAAGUUUAGAGAUUCAUAUCAUUAUUAUAAGUACUUUUUAAUUUCCAUUUUAUAGAAAGUGUUUGCAGAACAUAGUUAUGAUUCUCCAUAUUCCUCUUUUUACUUUAAUUACAUAGAUAGUGGAUUAGUAGUUGAUACUAGAGAAAUGAAAUGGCUUUUCAACAAAGGCCUAUCCCUCUAAACAUGGCUCUAUCCCUUAAAAAUAAAAUCUGAAGUUGAUACUAAAAUUAUGUACUUAAUGUCUGAUAAAAAAAAAGGAUGUCAGUUUAUUUUAAAUGGAAAUAAAUUAGUUUAUCAAUAUGUGGAUUUGAAUUGUAUCAUUCAUUAAUUAUUUAAAUACAGCACCUCAUCAUGAAGUUCCUAUAAGUUUAAUCGAGAUUCCUUAUUAAGAAUGGUCAACUUUAAGUAUUCAGAUUCAAUUGAAAAAGUUCUUUAUGUAGGAAUCUUAUUAUCUCUAUUUGACUUGCGGAAAUCAAUAACUUAGGGAGAUCAAAAUAGACUUUCCUGAAAUUUCAAAUGAUUCUUCAGUCAUAGAAUUUUAAUUUUUUACAAAUUUUUAUGGUUACGUAACUUGUUUAUUAAUUUAUAAUGAUGGAUUUGAUGGGAAGUAUAAAUAACAAUUAUGCAUAUAGUGAUUUAACCUGUGGAGACAAAAACUUAGGUAUUUAAUCUAAUGAUCACUUAAAAAAUUUACAUAAAUAAUAUGGAAAUAAUAAAUUAAUAUUAUGUUACACUCCACUUAGAGCAAGAGCCAAUUUUAUUACUGAUCCUAUUAAUUAAUUUAACGGAGCACUAUAAUCAUAUAGUGGAUUUUAUUUAAGAAUUACUUAGAAAUAACAAUUUUCAUAAUUUUGUAGGAUUGAAAAUUUUGUUCCUCUGUUACUUUUUUUAAGACUUUAACCUUAUGAUUCCUUACUUAAUGAAUUAUUGACUCUAAUUUGUUAAGUUAUAAAAUCAAGACCAGAAUCACAGUAAGACGCAAUAAGAAUAGAAUAUUUAAGUUUGAUAGCCCUUAAACUUAAUGAUUUUGGGCUUUCUAUGAUUAAUAAUUUAACAAUUGAAUUACUUUCAUAAUUACAUAAUUCUAUAUAGAAUAAACAAUUGAAAUAGCAAUUUUUUUGUAAUCUUUUAUGGAGAGUGUAAAUUUAUAAACUAGAUAAUUUUUCGAUAAUUUAAGAUUACCUUAAAUUUAUUCGCGUGAUUUAUAAUAGUAAUCCUGAGUUUUGUAUAUAAAUAUUUGGUAUAAGUAAAAUAUUGGAGAUAUUGAUUUAUGAUAUUGAUCCAAAGAAUAGAUUAUGUUGUGAAGAGCAUGCAAAUUAAAUGGGAUAUACAAAUUUUAAAUUACCAACAAUACCUCUUGCUUAAUUAAUAGAUUCAUAUCUUAGUAUAAUUUUAAUAAAUAUUCUUAGAUAUAAUUGAUGCAAUUCUCCAUUAUAAAUUAUUUUAAUCAUAAUCUAAGAUAGAAAAAUAAAACAUUAUAGAUAUUGCACGUGUUUUCACUUUGAAAUGUUCUCCUUGUUUUUACUAAUUAUUAUUGAAAAAGCUUUAAGGAUUAUUUCAAUAUGAGAAUAAGAGCAAUAAUCCUAUAUCAUAGAUAUUAAUUUAAGAAGAAGUAAUGUAAAUGUUAUUGAAUUUAUUAACAACUUGUUCAUGUCCUGAUGUGAAAACUAGUUGUAUAAAAUUAAUAGCAGAAAGUAUUCGUUUAAAUUAAUCUUCAAAUGAAAAAGAAAUAGCUAAUUGGAUUGCUCAUACUCUAGGCAAUAGUGCUGCAGUAGAAGUAUUAGAGACAUAUUCAGAUGAUGAAGAUGAAGAUAUUUAACCUAGAAAACCCUUGAUUAAUUAAGCUUUAGUCUUUCAUUAAUUAGAAGAAUAAUAAAAUUCUAUAGAGGAAUAAAAAAAGUAGCAUGUCAUUUAAAAAAAAAAGAUAGUCUAACCAAAUAGAAGAAUUAUAGAUUAUGAACCUUUAUAUGUUGCAAUUAUGGAAUGGAUGUUGAGAACAAGAGUGGGAAAAACUAAUUCAGAUACUCUUCUUCUAGAUGAAAACUUUAUUAUUAAAUCAGAUGGUGGACUAUCUUUAUUGAUCAGUUAUUUUCAAUAUUGUAUAGAUUCUGUUAAAGGACGUAUAAUGUAAGAUUUAUGCAUGCUUAUUAAAUGGAAUUAGGCUAGUGCUAUGUUUCUAUUGAAUAAUGAAGAGUUCCAUUGGUGGAUUUUAGAAACACUCUUGGAAAUAUAACAUCAAUAUAAUAUUAGAGAGCUUUCUUAAUUUGAAUUCUGGGUUUGGGAUAGUGGUUUAAAAUUAUAUUGUAAUGUUAUCAAGGCUGCUAUUCAAAAUGAAAAAAAUGGAUUUUUAAGAUUGUCAAAUUUAUAGAGUUAGUGUAGAGUAAUCGAAGAAUUGAAUAAAGAUAGGACUAAUUUGUAGGCAACCUAAUUAUUAAUUAGAUUAAUAUAUAAACAAUUACUUUCUAGUUUAUCGUAAUUAUAGUUCAUUUAAUUUUUUAGUGAUUGUCUUAAGUUGGAAUUGUUCUCAACCUUUUGGGUUAACUUAUAUUCUACUAUUUUUGAAACAUUUAGACUUGUAACAGCUGAUCCUAGAUCUAUAGAAAGUGAACAUUAUUAUUAAUUCCAUAAAUUCUCAUCUAUUUCUUUUAAGUUAACAAUUUCACAAUAGGAAAUGCCUAAAAGUAAAUUAUUAUUUUAUUAUUCAUUAAGAAUGGAAACAAUAAUUUGGAAUCAUAUAAUGGGUUGAUCACAUUCUAAUUGUGAAUAUUUGUGAUAUUGUUAAUUAAUUUUGUUCCAAAUUUUCUCCUUAAAUUAUUAGUUUAUUAGAUGAUUAUUAGAUUGUCUAAAAAGGAGUUUUAGGUAUUUUAGAAUAGAAAAAUCAAACAGAAUCAUAAAAAUCAUUUGCUGCUAUGAUGUUUUAAUUUGAUAUUGGACUAGAAUAAUAUUAAAAUCCUAUAUUUGUUUAAGUAUGUUAACUCUUUCUUUAAUUGAAUGCUGAAUACUUUGCCUUUAAUGUUUAGAGUAGUGAAAAUAUCAAAUAAUUAUAAGUUAUAUUGAACACAAUGGAUAAAUUAAUUAGAACACUCAUUAUAUCAUCUGAAACUUUAAGAGAUAAGGAAAUAGAAGAAAUGCAAGAUAAAAUUGUCUAUUCAAUUAUUGGAUCACAUUUCAUUUUUCUAUAUUAAAUGGAGGAUAAAAUUAAGGAGAUUAAUUAUGAUAAGGAAAUCAAAUAAGAGUUAUUAUAAAUUGUAAGAAAUUGUUUAUUUUAUUCAUUUAAAUUUUUAAUUAUUUAUGUAGAUUCUUUUACUUAAAUUUUAAAUAAAAAUGAAUCUUUUUAAGCACUUAUUUUUGAAGGAUAUAAACAACACAAAUUAUAUUUAAUUAAAAUGUUAAAUGAUUUAAUUAAGAAAGACAGUUCUCAUAUAUUUGAUGUAAAUGAAGCAAAAUCAUUAAAAUUAAAUAACAAACUAAUAAUGGAAAGGAUGAUAUCAGCAAAAUAAGUAUUUGUAGAAAAUAAAACUUUAUUGUAAAAAAUAUAGGAAUCAUUUUUUAUGAAUGAAGAGUAUUAUAUAAAAACUAUUGAUGAUUUUGAAGAAUUAUAUAAAAUAUUUGCAUAAAAAAAGAAGACCUUAUAAGAUAAAUUGUAAUAAUAGCGUUAGGGUAUUGAGGAAGUGUUGUUUUCAUAGAUGUAAAUAAUAAGUAAAAUUUAAAUAGGAUAUCAUAAUCAUCAACAUAUUCGUAUGAUUAAAAAAUAUAGAGAAUAGAUUCUGAAUAAAUUUAAUAGAGAUAAGCUCGAUAUAUGUUUAAAAAGUCAUUUAAUAGAGUUAGAGUAUUCAAUUAAUGGUGGGCACAUCCUGAUUUUAAGGCAUAAAUUGAUAAACCAUUUGAUUCAUUAGAUAUGCAUUAUGAAAAUAUCAUAUAAAAUUAGAUGUAAGGAAAAGAAUUAUAAUAGAUUUACAUGGAAAAUGUGGAAAUAUGAAACAAAAUAAAAAUCAAGACCAUUAUUGAAGGCAAAGUUAUUUGAUUACCCUUAGUUUGAUAAUGUAAUGUAAUCCCAACAAUAAAAUACAAGAAUAAUGAAUUUAGCAGAUUAUGAUAAGAAAUAACCAGAAAGAUAAAGAAAGAAAAUACAUGAGAUAAUCUUAGAUACAAUAAUACCAUUUUAUAAUUUAUAGCAUGAGGAAGAUGAAGUUAUUUUAAAUAGAGUUUAAUGGAUAAAGACAUUAACAGUAAGAAUAGGUUCUCUUAGAAUAAGUGAUACUCAUUUGAUUUUUUAUUUUGAAUCAAUUAAUUAAAAAGAGACUCAUUAAAGUUUAAUAAAAUUUAGAGUUCCUGAGGAUUCAUAAUUAGUAAAGUAAUGGGAGUUGGAAUAAAUUUAUGAUAUCUAAUAUCGUAGAUAUAUUGGAAGAUGGACAUCUUUGGAAUUAACACUUUUAGAAGGUAGCACUCUUGUAUUUAAUUUUUAAAUUGGAGAUCAUCAGAAAGCGAUUGAAAAAUUGAUAUCUUUAAAGAAAAAUCGGACAAUAAAUAUUAAACCUAGAAUUCAAUCUGGAAAAUUGGAUCCUAUGAGUAUUAUGUUAGAAAGUAAGGCAAUGAAUAAAUGGUAUAAUUAUAAGAUAACAACUUUUGAAUAUUUAAUGAAAGUGAAUAAGGUAUCUGGAAGAAGUAAUAAGGAUUUAACAUAAUAUCCAGUAUUUCCAUGGAUAAUGAAUGAUGGUGAACAGUUACAUAAAUAUAGAGAUCUCACUAAAAGUAUGGGAGCUUUAGGUACAAAGGAUAGAAUUGAAGUUUUUUAAUAGAGAUAUAAUAUGAUUGAUCAUUUUAAUAAGGUUCCAUAAUUUCACUAUGGAAGUCAUUAUUCUAGUCCUGCUAUUAUAUUUCAUUAUUUAAUUAGAUUAAAACCAUUUUCAGAUGGUGCUAAAGAAUUAUAAUCAGGAAAAUUUGAUUUGGCAGAUCGGUUAUUUUUUUCAUUUGUUGAAACUUACAGAAAUGCGGUUGAAGAAUUAAGUGAUGUCAGAGAAUUGAUACCUGAAUUCUUUUAUUUACCUGAAAUGUUUCUAAAUUUAUCUAAAUAUGAUUAUGGAUUAUAAUAAACUGGUCAAAGAGUAAAUAAUGUUGAAUUACCUAUUUGGAGUUAAUAGAAUCCAUAUUUAUUCAUUUGUGCACAUAGAAUGGAAUUAGAAAGUGAUUAUGUUUCAUAAAAUAUUUGUCAUUGGAUUGAUUUGAUUUUUGGAUAUAAAUAAAAAGGAGAUGAAGCAGUUAAAGCUUUAAAUACAUUUUAUUAUUUAACAUAUGAAAAUUCUAUUGAUUGGGAUUCAAUUAAAAAUGAAAAAUAAAAAAUAUCACUUGAAUCAUAAGCAAUACAUUUUGGUUAAUGUCCAAGUUAAAUUUGGGAUAGACCUCAUAUAACUAGAGGAAAAUUUAAAAUUGUUUUUAGAAUUGUAGAUGAAAAGAUUGAUAAAAGAAUCUUUAGAUAAAAAUAAAAUAAUCCAUAAACUUAAUCAUUAAAUUAUUAAAGAUCCAAAUCUAUUAUUAGAAUAUAAUUCUUAAGUGAUAAUAGAGUUUGGUUGAUUCGUAGAAAUGGAGAAUGCGCUACUAUUAAAUUAGAAUUAAAAGAUAAUAAGUUUGAUCUUAAUAAUUAAAAAGAAUAAUCAAUUAAUUUUGGUAAAUUUGUUGAAGAAAACUAAAAUCUUUAUGAUUGGACUUGUAAUUAUGAUGAAUUACCAAUAUUAUAUAGAGGUAAAUAAAUUCUAGUUGGAGGUAUUUGGGAUGGAAGAAUGUUAAUAUAUAAUAAUGGUAUCCUUUCUGAACAAAGAUUUGAAUAAGAACAUACUAUAACUGUCAUGAGAUUUGAUUAUAAAAUGAGAAUAUUAGCUACUGGAAGUAAGGAUGGCACUCUUAUUAUUUAUAAAGUUAUAAAUAAUACAUAUAUUCCAAUUAGUAAACAUCAUCAUCAUGAUUAAUCAAUAACAGAUAUAUUUAUAUGUAAUGAUUUAAAAGUUGUAUUAACUUGUUCAAGUGACAGUUGGAUUCACAUGUAUAAUUAAUGGUCAGGUAAAUAUUUAAGAAGCUACAGACAUCCUAAAGGAUUACCUAUUUAUAAAGUUUGUAGUUAUUGUACACCUCUAUAUGGUAUAGCUUUCUAUGAAAAUAAAAGUAUUUAUUCUUAUAGCAUUAAUGGAUAAUUCUUAGCCCAUUAUGAAUUAAAAUAAUAUGUUGUCAAUUAAGGACAUCUUAAAGUUGUUAAAGACUCUAAAUUAACUGAUAUUAUUGUAAAUACCAUUUAUAUUUUAAUAGGUCUUACCAUUGUGUAUGGAAAAGAAAAUUUUGAUGUUGACAACUCCUUUUCUCCAAAAAAGAAACGAAAUUUAAUUAACUGAUUGUUAUUAAUCAAUGAAUGAUAUCAGUUCUUUCGCUUUAUCAUCAGAUAGAACAAUCCUAGCAUUUGGAACUUCUGAUGGAGAGUUUGGAUUGGUAGUAGACUAGAGAAUCUUUUAAUAAGAUUGA